AUGUACUCGCCACUCCUAAAUCGCUCUUCUGCUAUGUCAGCUGCCAUGGACAAUUCCUCAAUGGACAGUAGCUCUACCGGAAUGCAGAAGAGGUUUUCCGGUGAUAAUCUGUCUGAUUCGCCCGCUAAGACUCCAGCAUUCCUAUUUGGCCAGAAGAGGCGGUCGGUUGCUCCUGCGACUCCAUCAUACAUUAACAAUCCGUACGCUGGUCAAAAUGCCCCGUCAAACGACAUUUUUGCUUCACCAAUACCAAGCCAGUUGAGAGGAGAAUCUGCUGGAAACAGUGGGAAGUCAGUGCAUUGGUCACCUGCAUUAGUACAAGAACGUGCGCAUCCUUACGACUCUUCUCGUUCCACCCUCAAAACGUUGCCAAGCCAGUCGUCGGGACAGUUUACUCCCUCGUCUAACCUUAGUCCAGCUCCUCCUCUGCGAUCAUUGAGAGAUGAUAUAGAGCCAGUACGGAAAGUGUCACGUCGGUCGAUGAGCAUUCCCGUGACAGAUUCGUCUUUCUCCUCAGCAGCAGCUUCGCGAUCAGCCACGGACCAGGGCCCAGUCCCCAGUCGAGGAAACUGGAUGCAUAUUCGAUACUCGUGCCCAAUACAUGCACGACAAGCUCUUUCACGAAAUGCUUGUCUUAUUGACUCAUCACUGCGGGUCGGCGUCAUUCCUUGCACAGAUAAGGAAAUUGUUGGAGCGGAUGCGUCGCAGAUUGUUUCACCACUUUUCAAUAGAUCAUCUAUGGCUGAACAAUCGAUCAGCGAAGAAGCACCGGAUGAGAUUCCCUCGAUAACUCCCAGUAAAGAAAAUCAGGACUCGCUCAAUGACUCGAUGAGUCGUUCUCGCUUGACAAUGGGAUCAAGAGCAGGCAUGCGAUCGCUCACCAUCUCGUAUGAUAGCCGUCAGGACAAUAAGGACGCUCAACCGGCAAAGCAUGACUCGAUAAUGAACAGAUUAUGGACGGCUGUAGGACUGUGA